CGACUCCUUGGCGCUGGCUGGACCUCGCAUUCUCCCGGGCUCCGCGCAUCGGGCGCGCUCCAGCCAGUGUACUGGAAUCUUCAAUGGCUGGAGAAGGAGUGAUCAGAAGACCGAGAUGAAUUUUAACACUAUUCUAGAAGAGAUUCUUAUUAAAAGGUCACAGCAGAAAAAGAAGACAUCGCCCUUAAACUACAAAGAAAGACUUUUUGUAUUAACGCAGUCCAUGUUGACCUACUAUGAGGGUCGGGCAGAGAAAAAAAACAGAAAGGGAUUUAUUGAUGUUUCAAAGAUCAAGUGUGUGGAAAUAGUAAAGAAUGAUGAUGGUGUCAUCCCCUGUCAAAAUAAAUAUCCAUUUCAGGUUGUUUAUGAUGCUAACACACUUUACAUUUUUGCACCUACUCUACAAAGCAGAGACCGGUGGGUGAAGAAGUUAAAAGAAGAAAUAAAGAACAACAAUGAUAUUAUGAUUAAAUAUCAUCCUAAAUUCUGGACAGAUGGAAGUUAUCAGUGUUGCAGACAAACUGAAAAACUUGCACCUGGGUGUGAAAAAUAUAAUCUUUUUGAGAGUAGUAUAAGGAAAGCACUGCCUCCAGCACCAGAAACAAAGAAGCGAAGGCCUCCCCCCCCAAUUCCACCUGAAGAAGAAGAUAAUAGUGAAGAAAUAGUUGUAGCUAUGUAUGAUUUCCAAGCAACAGAAGCACAUGACCUCAGAUUAGAGAGAGGCCAAGAGUAUAUCAUAUUAGAAAAGAAUGACAUUCACUGGUGGAGAGCAAGAGACAAAUACGGGAGUGAAGGAUAUAUCCCAAGUAACUAUGUUACAGGAAAGAAAUCAAACAACUUAGAUCAAUAUGAAUGGUAUUGCAGAAAUACAAACAGAAGCAAAGCAGAGCAGCUCCUCAGAAAUGAAGAUAAAGAAGGUGGUUUUAUGGUAAGGGAUUCCAGUCAACCAGGCUUGUACACAGUGUCCCUUUACACAAAGUUUGGCGGUGAAGGCUCAUCAGGCUUCAGACAUUAUCAUAUAAAGGAAACAACAACAUCCCCAAAGAAGUAUUACCUGGCAGAAAAACAUGCAUUUGGUUCAAUUGCUGAGAUUAUUGAAUAUCAUAAGCACAAUGCAGCAGGACUUGUCACAAGGUUGCGGUAUCCAGUGAGUGCAAAGGAAAAGAACGCACCAACCACUGCAGGAUUCAGUUAUGAAAAAUGGGAAAUUAACCCUUCAGAGCUAACCUUCAUGAGGGAGUUGGGGAGUGGACUGUUUGGAGUGGUGAGGCUUGGCAAGUGGCGAGCCCAGUACAAAGUGGCCAUCAAAGCCAUUAGGGAAGGUGCCAUGUGUGAGGAGGACUUUAUAGAAGAAGCCAAAUUGAUGAUGAAACUGACCCAUCCGAAGUUAGUACAGCUUUAUGGUGUCUGCACCCAACAGAAACCACUUUACAUUGUCACUGAGUUCAUGGAAAGAGGCUGCCUUCUGAAUUUCCUCCGACAGAGACAAGGACAUUUUAGCAAAGACUUGCUGCUGAGCAUGUGUCAGGAUGUGUGUGAAGGAAUGGAGUAUCUGGAGAGAAACAGCUUCAUCCACAGAGACCUGGCUGCCAGGAAUUGUCUAGUAAAUGAGGCAGGAGUUGUGAAAGUGUCUGAUUUUGGAAUGGCCAGGUAUGUUCUGGAUGAUCAAUACACAAGUUCUUCUGGUGCUAAAUUUCCUGUGAAGUGGUGUCCUCCUGAAGUGUUUAAUUACAGUCGUUUUAGCAGCAAAUCAGAUGUCUGGUCAUUUGGUGUUUUAAUGUGGGAAAUAUUCACUGAAGGCAGAAUGCCCUUCGAGAAAAACACCAACUACGAGGUGGUAACCAUGGUUACUCGAGGCCACCGACUCUACCCGCCAAAGUUGGCGUCCAAAUAUGUAUACGAGGUGAUGCUGCGAUGUUGGCAGGAGAAACCAGAGGGAAGACCUUCCUUUGAAGAUUUGCUGCGUACAAUAGAUGAACUAGUCGAAUGUGAAGAAACUUUUGGAAGAUAACUGUGACCAGUGGCUACCAGAUUCCAAAGCUCAAGGAACAAAUGGCAUUUUGUGGCUACUUUUAAUUUAUUUAGCACUUGGACAUGUAGAUGGUUUUACCUAUAAAGGAUACCUGAAGUAUUUGUUCCUAAGCCAGAUUUAGCUCUGUGACUGAAUCUUCCAGAUUAUGAAAAUACUGUCUUAGAAAUGGUGAUUAAAGGGGCUUACUUCUGCCCAUCCCAUAGGCGCAUGAGUGCCCAAUGGUGCUAGGUGUAGACCCCUGGAUUUGCCCAUUUUAGGGGUCUAAAUAGGGCCAUGAUAGCUGGUACCAGUGGAAGGCCAGCAUAUUCAAAAAGAAGGUUUUUAGAGUCAUGUUUCAGCAACCUUUCUCCGCUUUGACUUCUGCAGAAAUCUGGGGCUGGAGCAUUCUCUGGACUGUGGGUUCUAGAUGUACAAGGAACCCACCUUGGAU